GGCGGGCUGCGCUUCUCUUCAUCAAUCGAAAACCCACGUUUCCACUCAUCCAUCACUCUCGCCACUCCCUCAUCCGUCCCUCAUGGCCAUUACGAAGCGUGCUGGCCGCAAAGCCCAGGGCGGUGCUCAGCCUGCUGCUGCUCAGCCGGCUAAACGUGCUGCCGUCAAGAAGGCGACCUUCGAUGCAACAAAGCGCAAGGAAGUCGGUGUUUCUGAUCUGACCCUUCUAUCCAAGGUCUCCGAGGAGGCAAUCAACGAGAAUCUCAAGAAGAGAUUUCAAAACGGCUUGAUUUACACUUACAUUGGUCAUGUCUUGAUCUCUGUUAAUCCUUUCCGAGACCUCGGAAUCUACACAGACGCCGUGCUGGAAUCCUACAGAGGAAAGAACCGAUUGGAGGUUCCUCCCCAUGUUUUCGCUAUUGCUGAAGCCGCAUAUUACCAAAUGAAGUCUUAUAGCGAGAACCAAUGUGUUAUCAUUUCGGGUGAAUCUGGAGCCGGAAAGACUGAGGCUGCGAAGCGAAUCAUGCAAUACAUUGCUUCCGUCUCUGGAAAUUCCUCCUCCUCCAUUCAGGAGAUCAAGGAUAUGGUUUUGGCCACCAACCCCCUCCUCGAAUCGUUUGGCUGCGCAAAGACUCUUCGCAACAACAACUCCUCUCGUCACGGAAAAUAUCUACAAAUCCAAUUCAACAAGGUGGCCGAGCCCGUUGGUGCCAACAUUACGAAUUAUCUACUCGAGAAGAACAGAGUCGUCGGCCAAAUUGUGAACGAACGAAAUUUCCACAUCUUUUACCAGUUCACCAAGGGUGCUUCUAACAAGUACAGAGAGCAAUUCGGAAUUCAGCAACCCGAAUCGUACACUUACACUUCGGCCUCCAAGUGUACGUCGGUUGAUGGUAUCGAUGAUCUUGAUGAUUAUAAGGAGACUGUCAAAGCUAUGGAAAUCAUUGGUCUCCAUGAGAGCGAGCAGGACAGUAUUUUCAAGAUCUUGGCCAUCAUUCUUUGGCUGGGAAAUCUUGACUUUGUUGAAAAUGGCGAAGGAAACGCAUCAAUCCGUGAUCCGUCAGUUCCUAACUUUGUCGCUUACUUGAUGGGCGUUGACGCCUCUUUGGUGGAGAAAGCAAUGACCAUCAGAAUUGUGGAGACCUCUCGCGGCGGUCGUCGGGGAUCUGUUUACGACGUUCCUCUUAAUGUCACGCAGGCGCGAGCUGUGCGUGACGCCCUCGCGAAGGGUAUCUACUCUAACCUUUUUGACUGGAUCGUCGAUCGCGUGAAUGUGUCCAUGAAGGCGCGAGGAGAAGUGUCCCGCACGAUCGGUAUUCUCGAUAUCUACGGAUUCGAGAUUUUCGAGAACAAUUCGUUCGAGCAGAUCUGUAUCAACUAUGUCAACGAGAAACUACAGCAGAUUUUCAUUCAGCUUACGCUCAAAACGGAGCAGGAUGAGUAUGUUAAGGAGCAGAUCAAAUGGACGCCUAUCAACUACUUCAACAACAAGAUCGUCUGUGAUUUGAUCGAAGAGAAGCGUCCCCCUGGUAUUUUUGCUGCUCUCAACGAUGCCGUCGCGACUGCGCAUGCCGACUCUGGUGCUGCUGAUCAGUCCUUUGCUCAGCGCCUAUCUCUUGUGGCGUCAAACCCUCAUUUCGAGCAAAGACAGGGCAAGUUCAUCAUCAAGCACUACGCCGGUGAUGUGACCUACCGCAUCGAGGGAAUGACCGACAAGAACAAAGAUCAGAUGCUCAAAGAUCUUCUUGAUCUCAUCGCAGUUAGCGGUAACCCGUUCCUGAAGACUCUUUUCCCUGAACAGGUCAAUCAUGACUCAAAGAGACGACCGCCCACUGCCAGUGACAAGAUCAAAUCGUCUGCCAAUGAUCUAGUCCAGACCCUUAUGAGCUGUCAGCCUUCUUAUAUCCGUACCAUCAAACCGAACCAGACCAAGUCACCUACCGACUACGAUGACAAGGCGGUCUUGCAUCAGAUCAAAUAUCUUGGUCUGCAAGAGAACGUUCGCAUUCGACGCGCAGGUUUCGCUUACCGCCAGACGUUUGAGAAGUUUGCCGAGAGAUUCUAUCUGCUCUCCCCCAAGACUUCAUAUGCUGGUGACUAUAUCUGGCAAGGAGACGCUCACUCCGCGUGCUUGCAGAUCCUGAAGGACGCAUCGAUUCCCCAGGAGGAGUACCAGAUGGGAACUACAAAGGCAUUCAUCAAGACCCCCGAGACUCUCUUUGCACUAGAGCACAUGAGAGAUAGAUACUGGCACAACAUGGCAGUUAGAAUCCAGCGGGCUUGGCGAAACUAUUUGAGAUACAGAAUAGAGUGCGCUAUCCGUAUUCAGCGAGCAUGGCGCCGGACGUCGGGCACGAACCAGUUUGUUCAGACUCGCGACUAUGGUCACCAGGUUCUUGCCAACCGCAAGGAGCGUCGUCGGAUGUCGAUUCUUGGAUCUCGUCGCUACUUGGGUGAUUAUAUCGGUAUUGGAAACUCUGGCGGCCAGGGCGAAUUCAUCCGCGGCGGUGCGAGCAUUUCGUCGAAGGAGAUGGUGCAUUUCUCUUGCCGUGGUGAGCAAUUGAUUGCUAAGCUCGGAAGAACCAGUCUGCGAAUGCCUCGUGUGAUUGUGUUGACAAACAAGGCUUUAUACCUUGUCUCGGAAACUAUCGUGAACAGACAGCUCGUCAUUCAGAGCGAGAGAGUCAUCCCUGUUGGUCAAAUCAAGUCGAUCGGUUUGUCUAACCUGCGCGACGACUGGGUUGCUCUGGGCGUCAACUCCUCGCAAGAGCCCGACGUGUUCAUCUGGUGCUUGCUGAAGACGGAGCUUGUGACCAGGCUGAAGAUGGUUCUUCCUUCUAUUAGCCUGAACAUCGGCUCAACUGUUCAGUACGCAAAGAAGCCUGGCAAGAGCACGACUGUGAAGUUCCAGAAGGACCCUAGUGUUCCCAGAGACGAUGUGUACAAAAGUGGCACGGUCCGAGUUCCUCCCGGAGAGCCCGCAAGCAGCCGAUCGAGACCCAACCCGAGACGGAAAAACAACGUUGCGGCAAAGCCUGUCGGACAGGGCAAACUUCUUCGCCGUGGUGGUGGAAAUGCUCCAGCUGGUUAUGAGCUUUCUUCCAAACCGACACCGCAGGCUCACGCUCAGCCUACUGCUACUCCUGCAGCACAGGUCAACCGGGCAGCCAAGCCUGCUCCUCCUCCUGCGCCUACACAAAACGGCGCUGCGAAUGGUCAUUACGGUGGUGCUCAGCAGCAACAGCAGCCUCAUCACUCGCAACCUUCUGCAGCUGCGGUAUCGGCUGCUGUAGCUGCUACUUCAGCAGCCACGCGCAAGCCAGUUCCAACACCGCAAGCUUCUCCCGCUAGGGCGAAGCCCAAGCCUGCUCCGGCGCGACCUCAGAAGGCGCAGCCCGCUCAGGUGCCUCAGGCUGCUCAUCACGCGCACACCGCCUCAGCUAGCAAGCCUGCUCCGCCCCCACCUCCUCCACAGCCUGUUCAGCCAGCAGCGCCUGCUGAGCCGACCUACAAGGCUCUGUUCGACUUCCAAGCCCAGGGAGCGAACCAACUGUCGAUAACGAAGGGCGAGAUCUUGGUCGUUCUCAACAAAGAAGGAAAUGGCUGGUACCUGGCCAAGAGACCUGGUACUACCACUGAAGGCUGGACGCCGGCGUCAUAUCUGGAGGAGGUUCUCACCACCCCCGCUGCAGGCGCUGUACCUCCGCCUCCUCCUCCGCCUGCUGCGGCCUCGAACGGCAACGGCUAUGCCGCGCAGCAACAACAGCAGCAGCCCGUCGCAGCAGCACAGCCGAUGUCGGUUGGCGCUGGUCUGGCAGAGGCUCUGAAGGCUCGACAUACCCGGAUGAGAUCUGCGGACGAGAGCGAGGACGAAGAUGACGAUUGGUAGAUGUAGGGCGACUGUAAGUUUGGAACCCCAGUGGCGAUAGACGCGCUGCACCUCUCUUUUGGUGCUGGUCUAUAUAGGUUACCGGGGAGGGGUUAGUUUGUUGUGACGUGUACACUGUGCUUGUUUAUUUUUGUUGUAAGUCUUUAUACAUAAGUUUUAGUAUUCUGAUGCUUGUCGAAGUCCGCAGUAGUCAAAAUACAUUACAUAAUUUUGUGAUUAUGGAUGACGUACGCAGAGGUUAGGGCCUGG